AUGCGCGGGCCGCCCGGCUCGCGGAGUCCCCCCGCCGCGGCCCCGCCGCGCCCUCGUCUCCAGUCCCGGGCGAGGUGCCGCCGGCCAGCGCCCGCGCUCACCCUGCGCGGCCUAUCGGGCGCCGAGGCCCGGCGAGGUGCAGUGGCGCCGGGGCCGAGGGGAGAAAUGCAGAGGCUGGUGCAAACCCCAUCUCCUCCGCGGCGCAGCCCCGCCGCCUCUGCUGCAGGCUCUAGAAGCGUAACGCGAGCAGCGACGCCCCUUCCCCCGGCCCUCCCCAUGCCCCUCUCAGCCCGUGUCGACCUCUCCCGCCUUCGCAGUCCCCCCUCCACGCCCCAGCCCUCCGCGCUGAGUCCCGCGGGGGUCCGCUGGGGAAGGCCCGGCCCUGCCUCUCCGACCGCGUACCACGCUCCGUACCCGCUCCCCGCCCGGGCCGGAGGCGUUUGCUGGGGCGGAGGCUCCGAGUGGAGAAACACCCAACAGGUUUCUUUUAGCAACUGUCAAAAGUCAGUGUGUGGACGUUGUCAUGCUACGGACAGAAGCAUCAAGCAGCAGGCUCAUCAAACCUGUUGUAAAACAGACAAGCCAGGCAUCAAUAAAUCAGAGUCUUGGAGACUGGUUCAAGAUGGCGGAGUAGAAGGACAUGCACUCACUCCCUCUUGUGAGAGCACCGGAAUCACAACUAACUGCUAAACAAUCAUUGAUGGGAAGAUACUGGAACUCACCAGAAAAGAUACCCCACGUCCAAAGACAAAGGAGCACCCACAAUGAGACGGUAGGAUGGGCGCAAUCACAAUAAAAUCAAAUCCCAUAACUGCUGGGUGGGUGACUCACAAACUGGAGAACACUUAUACUGCAGAAGUCCACCCACUGGAGUGAAGGUUCUGAGCCCCAUAUCAGGCUUCCCAACCUGGGGGUCCGGCAACAGGAGAAGGAAUUCCCAGAGAAUCAGACUUUGAAGGCUAGCGAGAUUUGAUUGCAGGACUUUGACAGGACUGGGAGAAACAGAGAUUCCACUCUUGGGGGGCACACACAAAGUAGUGUGUGCAUCAGGACUCAGGGGAAGGAGCAGUGACCCCAUAGGAGACCAAACCACACCUACCUGCUAGUGUUGGAGGGUCUCCUGCAGAGGCAGGGGGUGGCUGUGGCUCACCAUGAGGACAAGGCCACUGGCAGCAAAAGUUCUGAGAAGUACUCCUUGGCAUGAGCCCUCCCAGAGUCCACCAUUAGCACCACCAAAGAGCCAGGUAGCCUCUAGUGUUGGGUCACCUCAGGGCAAACAACCAACAGGGAGGGAACCCAGCCCCAUCCAUCUGCAGACAAGCGGAUUAAAGUUUUACUGAGCUCUGCCCACCAGAGCAACAGCCAGCUCUACCCACCACCAGUCCCUCCCAUCAGGAAACUUGCACAAGCCUCUUAGAUAGACUCAUCCAUCAGAGGGUAGACAGCAGAAGCAAGAAGAACUACAAUCCUGCAGCCUGUGGAACAAAAACCACAUUCACAAAAAGAUAGACAAGAUGAAAGGCAGAGGGCUAUGUACCAGAUGAAGGAACAAGAUAAAACCCCAGAAAAACAACUAAAUGAAGUGGAGAUAAGCAACCUUCCAGAAAAAGAAUUCAGAGUAAUGAUAGUGAAGAUGAUCCAGGACCUCAGAAAAAGAAUAGAGGCAAAGAUGGAGAAGAUGCAAGAAAUGUUUAAAAAGGACCUAGAAGAAUUAAAGAAGAAACACCUAGAAGAAUUAAAGAAGAGACAUCUAGAAGAAUUAAAGAACAAACACACAGAGAUGAACAAUACAAUAACUGAAAUGAAAAAUACACUAGAAUGAAUCAAUAGCAGAAAAACUUAGGCAGAAGAACAGAUAAGUGACCUGGAAGAUAGAAUGGUGGAAUUCACUUCUGUGGAACAGAAUAAAGAAAAAAGAAUGAAAAAAAAUGAAGACAGCCUAAGAGACCUCUGGGGAAACAUUAAAUGCAACAAUAUUCGCAUUAUAGGGGUCCCAGAAGGAGAAGAGAGACAGAAAGGACCCAAGAAAACAUUUGAAGAGAUUAUAGUUAAAAACUUCCCUAACAUGGGAAAGGAAAUAGCCACCCAAGUCCAGGAAGCACAGAGAGUCCCAGGCAGGAUAAACAUAAGGAGAAACAUGCUGAGACACAUGGUGAUCAAACUGACAAAAAUUAAACACAAAGAAAAAUUAUUGAAAGCAACAAGGGAAAAAUGACAAAUAAUAUACAAGGGAACUCCCAUAAGGUUAACAGCUGAUUUCUCAGCAGAAACUCUACAAGCCAGAAGGGAGGGGUUAUGAUAUAUUUAAAGUGAUGAAAGGGAAGAAACUACAACCAAGAUUACUCUACCCAGCAAGGAUAUCAUUCAGAUUCGACGGAGAAAUCAAAAGCUUUACAGACAAGCAAAAGCUAGGAGAAUUCAGCACCACCAAACCAGCUCUACAACAAAUGCUAAAUGAACUUUUCUAAGUGGGAAAUACAGAGAAGAAAAGGACCUACAAAAACAAACCCAUAACAAUUAAGAAAAUGGUAAUAGGAACAUGCAUAUCGAUAAUUACCUUAAACAUGAAUGGAUUAAACGCUCCCACCAAAAGACACAGGCUUGCUGAAUGGAUAUGAAAACAAGACCCAUAUAUAUGCUGUCUACAAGAGACCCACUUCAGACCUAGGGACACAUACAGACUGAAAGUGAGGGGAUGGAAAAAUAUAUUCCAUGCAAAUGGAAAUCAAAAGAAAGCUGGAGUAGCAAUACUCAUAUCAGAUAAAAUAGACUUUAAAAUAAAGAAUGUCACAAGAGACAAGGCAGGACACUACAUAGUGAUCAAGGGAUCAAUCCAAGAAGAAGAUAUAACAAUUAUAUAUGCACCCAACAUAGGAGGACCUCAAUACAUAAGGCAACUGUUAACAGUUCUAAAAGAGGAAAUCGACAGUAACACAAUAAUAGUGGGUUCUUUAACACCUCACUUACACCAAUGGACAGAUCAUCCAAACAGAAAAUUAAUAAGGAAACACAAGCUUUAAAUGACACAAUAGACCAGAUAGGUUUAAUUGAUAUUUAUAGGACAUUCCAUCCCAAAACAGCAGAUUACACUUUCUUCUCAAGUGCACACAGAACAUUCUCCAGGGUAGAUCACAUUUUGGGUCACAAAUCAAGCCUCAGUAAAUUUAAGAAAUUGAAAUCAUAUCAAGCAUCUUUUCUGACCACAACACUAUGAGAUUAGAAAUUAAUUACAGGGAAUAAAACAUAAAAAACACAAACACAUGGAGGCUAAUCAAAGUGUUACUAAACCAAGAGAUCACUGAAGAAAUCAAAGAGGAAAUCAAAAAAAUCCCUAGAGACAAAUUACAACAAAAACACAACCAUCCAAAACCUAUGGGAUGCAGUAAAAGCAGUUCUAAGAGGGACGUUUAUAGCAAUACAAGCCUACCUCAAGAAACAGAAAAAUCUCAAAUAAACAAUCUAACCUUACACCUAAAGGAACUAGAGAAACAAGCACAAACAAAAUCCAAAGUUAGUAGAAGGAAAGAAAUCAUAAAGAUCAGAGAAAAAAUAAAUGAAAUAGAAACAAAGAAAAUGAUAGCAAAGAUCAAUAAAACUAAAAGCUGGUUCUUUGAGAAGAUAAACAAAAUUGAUAAACCAUUAGCCGGACUCAUCAAGAAAAAGAGGGAGAGGACUCAAAUCAAUAAAAUUAGAAUUGAAAAAGGAGAAGUUACAAAAAACACCACAGAAAUGCAAAGCAUCCUAAGAGACUACUACUAGCAACUCUGUGCCAAUAAAAUGGACAACCUGGAAGAAAUGGACAAAUUCUUAGAAAGGUAUAACCUUCCAAGACUGAACCAGGAAGAAAUAGAAAUAUGAAGAGAUGAAUCACAAGUAAUGAAAUUGAAACUGUGAUUAAAAAUCUUCCAACAAACAAAAGUACAGAACCAGAUGCCUUCACAGGUGAAUUCUAUCAAACAUUUAGGGAAGAGCUAACACCCAUCCUUCUCAAACUCUUCCAAAAAAUUGUGGAGGAAGGAACACUCCCAAACUCAUUCUAUGAGACCACCAUUACCCUGAUACCAAAACCAGACAGAUACUACAAAAAAAGAAAAUUACAAACCGAUAUCACUGAUGAAUAUAGAUGCAAAAAUCCUCAACAAAAUACUAGCAAACAGAAUCCAACAACUCAUUAAAAGGAUCAUACACCAUGAUCAAGUGGGAUUUAUCCCAGGGAUGCAAGGAUUCUUCAAUAUAUGCAAAUCAAUCAAUGUGAUACACCAUAUUAACAAAUUGAAGAAUAAAAACCAUAUUAUCAUCUAAAUAGGUGCAGAAAAAGCUUUUGACAAAAUUCAACACCAUUUGUGAUAAAAACUCUCCAGAAAAUGGGUAUAGAGGGAAGUUAACUCAACAUAAUAAAGGCCAUAUAGGACAAACCCACAGCAACCAGCAUUCUCAAUGGUGAAAAACUGAAAGCAUUUCCUCUAAGAUUAAGAACAAGACAAGGAUGUCCACUCUCGCCACUAUUAUUCAACAUAGUUUUGGAAGUCCUAGCCACAGCAAUCAGAGAAGAAAAGGAAAUAAAAGUAAUACAAAUUGGAAAAGAAGAAGUAAAGCUGUCACUGUUUGCAGAUAACAUGAUACUAUACAUAGAGAAUCCUAAAGAUGCCACCAGAAAACUACUAGAGGUAAUCAAUGAAUUUGGUAAAGUUGCAGGAUACAUAAUUAGUGCACAGAAAUCUCUGGCAUUCCUAUACACUAAUGACGAAAAAUCUGAAAGAAAAAUUAAGGAAACACUCCCAUUUACUAUUGCAACAAAAAGAAUAAAAUACCUAGGAAUAAACCUAUCUAGGGAGACGAAAGAUGUAGAGCACAAAGAUAUGUAUGCAGAAAACUAUAAGACACUGAUGAAAGAAAUUAAAGAUGAUACUAACAUAUGGAGAGAAAUACCAUGUUCUUGGAUUGGAAGAAUCAAUAUGGUGAAAAUGACUAUACUACCCAAAGCAAUCUACAGAUUCACUGCAAUCCCUAUCAAAUUAUCAAUGACAUUUUUACAGAACUAGAACAAAAAAAAUCUUAAAAUCUGUAUGGAGACACAAAAGACCUCGAAUAUCCAAAGCAAUCUUGAGGGAAAAAAAAAGGAGCUGGAAGAAUCAGACUCCCUGACUUCAGACUAUACUACAAAGCUACAGUAAUCAAGACAAUAUGGUAAUGGCACAAAAACAGAAAUAUAGAUAAAUGGAACAGGAUAGAAAGCCCAGAGAUAAACCCACACACCUAUGGUCAACUAACCUAUGACAAAGGAGGCAAGGAUAUACAAUGGAGAAAAGAUAGUCUCUUCAAUAAGUGGUGCUGGGAAAACUGGACAGCUACAUGUAAAAGAAUGAAAUUAGAACACUCUCCAACACCAAACACAAAAAUAAACUCAAAAUGAAUUAAAGACCUAAAUGUAAGGCCAGACACUAUACAACUCUUAGAGGAAAACAUAGGCAGAACACUAUAUGUCAUAAAUCACAGCAAGAUUCUUUUUGACCCACCUCCUAGAGAAAUGGAAAUAAAAACAAAAAUAAACAAAUGGGACCUAAUGAAACUUAAAAUCUUUUGCAAAGUAAAGGAAACUACAAACAAGACAAAAAGACAACCCUCAGAAUGGGAGAAAAUAUUUGCAAAUGAAUCAACGGACAAAGGAUUAAUCUCCAAAAUAUAUAAACAGCUCCUGCAGCUCAAUAUUAAAAAAACAAACAACCCAAUCAAAAAAUGGGCAGAAGACCUAAAUAGACAUUUCUCCAAAGAAGACAUACAGAUGGCCAAGAAGCACAUGAAAAGCUGCUCAACAUCACUAAUUAUUAGAGAAAUGCAAAUCAAAACUACAAUGAGGUAUCACCUCACACCAGAGAAAACCAUAAUUCAAAAAGACACAUGCACCCCAGUGUUCAUUGCAGCACUAUUUACAAUAGCCAGGUCAUGGAAGCAACCUAAAUGCCCAACAGACGAAUGAAUAAAGAAGAUGUGGUACAUAUAUACAAUGGAAUAUUUGUCAGCCAUAAAAAGGAACGAAAUUAGGUCAUUUGUAGAUAUGUGGAUGGAUCUAGAGACUGUCAUACAGAGUGAAGUAAGUCAGAAAGAGAAAAAUAUCGUAUAUUAACGCAUAUAAGUGGAAUCUAGAAAAAUGGUACAGAUGAACCGGUUUGCGGGGCAGAAAUAGAGACACAGAUGUAGAGCACAAAUGUAUGGACACCAAGGGGGAAAGUGGCAUGGGCAGGGGUGGUGGUGUGAUGAAUUGGGAGAUUGGGAUUGACAUAUAUACACUAAUAUGUGUAAAAUGGAUAACUGAUAAAAACCUGUUGUAUAAAAAAGUAAGUUAAAUAAAAUUCGAAAAAAAAAGCAGUCUUGACCAUAUCAACGAGACAUUUUUAGUAAUGUGACUGCUUAACUGAAGGCAUUGAUCCCAUUUUUGACUUUUACACCCUAGUUUCCUAUUUCACAGCAGCAUUUGGAAUAUAUCUAUUCCUCUAGGGAUUUUUUGACAAAUAGCAGAGAUUAUCUGAUUACUGAAGCACAAUUGAGGGCACUAUUCUAGACCACAGUAAAGCUGUGUUUAUUUCCAGAAACAUCAAUGAUUCAAUUUUGGAGCCUUAGAC